AUGUCGGCAGAACCAUUAUUGCCCACACACAACGGGCCACAGGCGGGUGAAGCGGCUUCCACAGACCAGAAGUUCGUCGUAGUGCGGUUUUCGGACGUAGCAGUAGGGGAUCUGCAGUUGAACGUAUCGAAUGUGCCGUAUGCGAAUAUAAAUACGCACUGGUUGCGUCGAAUGUGUAGGGAGUUACGGCCCCAAUAUACGCAGAGGAGAAGACUGAAGUUUAUCAGGAAUGGUAGCAUUCUAAACACGCAUUCUAAGAUAUCUGAUGAACUGGCGCAUUAUUUUGGUGCUGGAAGCAGCAACUCCGACACUGGCACAAGUGCCAGCGGUGGGGCGGAGCAGAACAAGUACUAUAUCCAUUGUAUAAUUGGCACGGAGGAUCUCACGCCAGCAGAGCUCGCUACCGAGGACCUGAAGGAUGAUGCGACCCCGUCCAAUGAGUCCAUGACCACACAGGCCAUCGGGUUUGACAGACUACGAUCAGUGGGGUUUACCGAACAAGAAAUUGAACUACUGAGACAGCAGUUCCGAGCCACUUAUGGGGACUUGGAAGAGGAGGAGGAGAGACUCGUCCAAAGUAGUAACAGAGAUGACGAUGUCCAUGACAUUAGACAACUAGAGGAACAGUGGAUGGAAAGCGGGAAUGGCACCACCCCGGAGAACGGCGCUGGCAAUGGAAACGAGGACAGGUUCAACUCCGUGCCCAUUGCCAACAUAAAGCAUAACAAGGACCUGUUACUGGGCAUAUGUGUAGGGUUUUUCUUUGGUGUCUUUGGUAUACUGUUGAUGAAAUUCGAUGGGUUGUUCAAUAGACGACAAAAAAUGGCAAUUUUCGCCGGUGUGAUUGUUAAUGUUAUGUUUUGUCUUGUUAGAGGUUUUUAA